AUGCUGGACGGCCUGAAGAUGGAGGAGAACUUCCAAAGCGCCAUCGAGACCUCUGCCCCCUUCUCCUCGCUGCUGGGCAGAGCGGUGAGCCCCAAGUCUGUCUGCGAGGGCUGUCAACGGGUCAUCUCAGACAGGUUUCUGCUGCGGCUCAACGACAGCUUCUGGCAUGAACAGUGCGUGCAGUGUGCCUCCUGCAAAGAGCCCCUGGAGACCACCUGCUUCUACCGGGACAAGAAGCUCUACUGCAAGUACGACUAUGAGAAGCUGUUUGCUGUCAAAUGUGGGGGCUGCUUUGAAGCCAUCGCACCCAAUGAAUUUGUCAUGCGGGCCCAGAAAAGCGUCUACCACCUGAGCUGCUUCUGCUGCUGCGUGUGUGAGCGGCAGCUCCAGAAGGGUGAUGAGUUUGUCCUGAAGGAGGGGCAGCUGCUUUGCAAAGGGGACUACGAGAAGGAGCGGGAGCUGCUCAGCCUGGUGAGCCCUGCAGCGUCAGACUCAGGCAAAAGUGAUGAUGAAGAAAGUCUUUGCAAGUCAGCCCAUGGGGCUGGGAAGGGAGCCCCUGAGGAUGGCAAGGACCACAAGCGCCCCAAACGUCCCAGAACCAUCUUGACAACCCAACAGAGGAGAGCAUUCAAGGCCUCGUUUGAAGUUUCUUCCAAACCCUGCAGGAAGGUGAGGGAGACCUUGGCUGCAGAGACAGGGCUGAGUGUCCGUGUCGUCCAGGUGUGGUUCCAGAACCAGAGAGCCAAGAUGAAGAAGCUGGCUCGGCGGCAGCAGCAACAGCAGCAAGACCAGCAGAAUACCCAGAGGCUGAGUUCUGCUCAGACAAACGGUGGCAGCGGCACUGGGAUGGAAGGGAUCAUGAACCCCUACACAGCUCUGCCCACCCCGCAGCAGCUCCUGGCCAUCGAGCAGAGUGUCUACAGCUCAGACCCCUUCCGGCAGGGCCUCACCCCACCCCAGAUGCCCGGAGACCACAUGCACCCCUAUGGUGGCGAGCCCCUUUUCCAUGACUUGGAUAGCGACGACACCUCCCUCAGUAACCUGGGCGACUGUUUCCUAGCAACCUCGGAGGCCGGACCCCUGCAGUCCAGAGUGGGAAACCCCAUUGACCACCUGUAUUCAAUGCAGAAUUCUUACUUCACCUCUUGAGCCUUCCCUCAGUGCUUUGAAGCUCAGCUCCCAUCUAAAAUCAUCAUAUUAUGGGAGGGGUUGGCUGGCUACAGGAUGGGGAGGCCAGGGAAGAGGUGGGUUAGGGAGGGAGUUUU